UCUGAUCUUGAGAGUUGUGGCAAAGGAAAGAUAAAGAUAAAUUUCGCACGACUCGAGCCUCUCACAGCCGAGAUCUAGACUAGCUGAAUUCUUUGCUGUCACAACCGAGGAUCAGGAUUUGACAAUGAGGCUUAGCAAGCUGGGGUCUUACAUACUCACACUUUUGGCAGUGGUCCACGCCAUUGACAAGGAGACGAGUGAUUAUCCUUUGUUGAUUGGUUCUGGAAUCUAUGAUAUAACUGGUCCUGCCGCCCAGGUCCAUAUCCAGGGAUAUGGCAAAUCGUCGCAAAGUAGCAAUGGUAUCCACAUGAGAUUACGAUCUAGGGCCUUCAUUGUGGCCAGUGUUGGUUCGAAUGGUGCAAAAAAUCCACAAGAAGUUGCUCAUGAUAUUCAGCAGCUCCGCUUCCGCAAGCACCGUGUCACAGAAAAGGCACGAGAUUCAGCACCAGCGCCUCUACUUGCUGAUCCGGAGAGGACUGUUUGCUUUGUUAGCGCUGAUAUUCUAUGUGGAUCAGAUCUACUAACACUGAAAGUAGCUCAGCGUCUCGAGCAACUUUUGCCGCAACAACAUGGCUCAAAGAAGAGAUUGUGUCACCUUGAAAACCUUAGCAUUAGUGGUACUCACACACAUUCGGCCUCUGGAGGAUUUCUGCAAUAUGCUGUUUACCAAAUCACGAGUCUAGGAUUCUCCGAUGAGGCAAUGGAUGCGUACGCGGAGGGCAUUGCUCAAUCAAUCCACAGAGCCUACUCAAAGCUAACACGCUGCGAGAUAACUGUAGCAGAAGACUUACUAUUUGAUUCGAAUAUCAAUCGAUCGCCGUCAUCCUAUUUAUUGAAUCCUGUGGAAGAGAGAAAGAGAUACGAGAAUAUUGGGGACACCGACAAAAGAAUGCUGCAGCUGCGAUUUACCACAGCCGAGAAGGACAUUGGAAUCUUGAACUGGUUCAGCGUGCAUGGCACGAGUCUGAACAACACCAAUCAACUCCUUUCGGGUGACAACAAAGGCUAUGCAUCGUACUUGAUGGAAAAACACCAGAACGGAGACGAAUCGAUGCCUGGAAAUGGAAGCUUCGUAGCUGCAUUUGCAAGUACCAAUCUCGGGGAUGUCUCCCCCAACACCAACGGUCCAAGAUGCGUCGACACGGGGCUCCCUUGCGACGUCCUGACAUCCUCAUGCGGGGGAGCGGCUGAGAAGUGCAUCGCUUCAGGCCCGGGAGAAGACAUGUUUGAAUCUGCACAAGUCAUUGGAAGGAAACAGUUUGACAUGGCACUGGCGCUGCUGCACAGUAACAAAAUAAAGAAGCUGAAAGGAGAAGUAUCCUUCAGGCACUCAUUCGUAAAUGUUGGCAACCUCACAGUUGUGUUGGAAGACGGAACCACUGCCAAAACGUGUCCAGCAGCUUUGGGCUACAGCUUUGCAGCCGGUACCACAGAUGGACCUGGUCAGUUUGAUUUUACGCAAGGUCGCAACUCGUCCAAUGGUUUUUGGAACAUGAUUGCAGCCUUUCUCUCCAAGCCCACCCCAAAACAAGUACAGUGCCAUCAUCCAAAGCCAAUUCUUUUGAACACAGGGGAAGCAACACAACCAUACGACUGGGACCCCAACACUAUACCAAUUUCCAUAUUCAGAAUCGGAGACCUGUUCAUUCUCAAUGUUCCAUCAGAGCUGACCACAAUGGCCGGACGACGACUUCGCCAAGCCAUGACUGACACCAUUACUAGUAGGGGUGUUACAGACCCCAUCAUUACGAUCGCAGGGUUGGCAAAUUCCUAUACACACUACGUUACAACUUUCGAAGAGUACACCGGACAACGAUACGAGGCUGCCAGUACGCUCUACGGACCACAUACUCUUGCGGCCUACAUCCAAGAGUUCAAUCGAAUCAUGACUGAUCUGUUGAACGGGGAUCCCUCGUCUACGUCGGAUCCGCCCCGAGAUCUCAGUAGCCAGCAGAUUUCCUUGAUCCCUCCAGUUCUGGUGGAUACGGUAGAAUUUGGAAAGGAGUUUGGAUCUGUCAUUGUGGAGCCCGAGGACGAAUACACACGAGGACAAGAUGCUGUGUUCGUGUCGUUCCGCUCUGCCAACCCUCGAAACAACCGCCGACCUCAGGGUACUUUUCUGACAGUUGACAAGAUGCUAGCUGACAACAACAAGUGGAAAACCAUGUAUGUGGACGGCGAUUGGUGCACGAAAUUUGUGUGGAAUGGGGACGCCGCGCUGUUUGGCAUUUCCUUUGCCGAGAUCCAUUGGCAAAUUCCUCCAGACACUCCACUUGGGCAGUACAGGAUAUGUCACUUUGGAGCUCGUAAGACGCUGUUUUCGGAAGCCGAAGCUUUGCUGGGUUUUGAGGCCCCCGAGUGGUUGUCCUCCAGCACUGUUGGGUCUGCAUUGGAAGCGCUUCUUUCCAGCGGUGUCAAGCUCUUUCAUUCAAUCUGCCAGAGACUGGGUUCUUGUGUUGAACCUCUGCAAGUAGAGAGGUCACGGAUAAUAGAGUUUAGUGGGUGCUCCAGGCCGUUCCUCGUGAAGGAAGCUGGGGCUACCCCGACAAAGGAAUUCUCGGAGUGAGCCCGGAGUGAAGCUUUAAUAUCCUAAGGAACCGUACAAAGACUUGCUUUGCUAACAACCAUUGCUCGAAAGUUGUUUGCUAGCUAGAGCUAUGUCAUAACUAUCGGUAUCGUCGCUAGCUAUCAAGCAAGGACCCCCGUUCGUAACGCUUGAUCCCACGGUGCCAUAUCCCUACCGGUAGGAGCAAUAGGUCGGUGCUAGGGUAGGUUGGUACAAGUACGAAGAAGGCAGGUGGCCAGGUGGCCUGAAGCAAAAGAUCCCUUCCGUUUUCUAUUUCACAGCCUUGCUGUAUUUUAUGGUUCCUACGUGGAACGUCACUCACCGCCACUGAUUGAUGGAGCUUUGAUGGCCACAAUUUUGAGAGAUCUUCUUCGCAAGUUCCGUGCGAAGCAUUUUU